AUGUAUGCUGGGAAGGAAUGGGAAGACAGCCGCUUGACCUGGGACCCGGCAGCCAAUGGUAAUAUUGAAGAAAUAUUUUCGAAGCCUGGGAACAUCUGGAAACCAGAACUAGUUGUAGAGAACUCGUUAGAAGAUCUAGGGAUAAUCACGGACGAUGAUCUUUAUCUCAGGCUCAAAUAUGACGGCACUGUUGAGUGGGAGCCCCCUAGAUUAUUUAUAACUCAUUGUCAGGUGGACAUCACGUAUUACCCCUACGAUAAACAGAAAUGCAGUAUCAAUUUAGCAAGCUGGGGAUACACAAGCAGUGAAGUAUCUUUGGAUACGAUAAGUACCCCUGUCAACCUGGACGAUUUUGAGCAGCACGGGGAAUGGAAGAUUACAUCAUACAACACCGUGAAAACAUUCCUAGUUGAGACAUUAGAUGACGGAACUGUGAGACAGUUUCCACAAAUAGAAUUCUGGCUUUACUUAGAGCGGCGAUCAGCAUAUUAUAAUUUGAAUGUCGUCAUGCCGGUAUUUGUGACGUCACUUCUCGUGGCUUUGACAUUUAUAGUUCCUGUGGAAUGUGGGGAGAAAUUAUCUUACAUACUGACGGUGUUCCUCUCCAUUGCCGUGCUCCUAACCCUUGUUGCUGAUUCGAUACCAUCGACAUCCAUAACAACUUCCGUUUUAGGACUUUAUCUCGCCCUGGUGACAAUUCUCUCGGGAUUCGGAAUACUUCUGACUGUCAUUAUUCUUAUAUUAUUCCACAAGAAAGGAUAUGCAAAAUCGAAGUCGUGCAUUAUGGUAAUAACUCGCUUUGCGGCAAAAUUCACGUGCUCAUCAAACGUGUCACUGGACAGCCUUAAGAAUAGAGUGACGCCAGCACCAGAAGAGGAAGAAGCCGAGAAAGACAUUUCGCAAUCUGAUGUCACGAAUGACGUCACAUGGAGGGAUGUGGCCAUUGUCCUGGACAGAUUCUGUUUCCUUGUUUUCACGCUGGUUACCGUCCUCAUGAACCUUUCAUUUGUUAUUGCUCUUGUUGCUGGAGGAAAAGCAACUGACCCCUGACCUAUAGAAAAAUUCCACUUUGUCUUGCCAUUAUCUUUUUAACGAUAAUUCAUUUAUCAUUGUUACUGUUUCUGGGGAUAUUCCCCACAUGUAACAUCCAUCCGUCCAUCCAUUUAUCCAUCCGACUGAGAACUGAUCCAUCACCGCAUCCAGUAGUACAUCCUAAAAAACCUUACGGAUAGAAUUCCGGUUUGGCGUAAGGUAGGUCAGCACUUUAUGAAAAUAAUCUAAGAUUCUUUCUGUGGAUGUAGGUGCGGAUUGGAAUAUCCAGCCCGGGGGUCACCUGUUGACGCGGUAACUCAGCAAUAAAAUAAAAAAAUAGCUUUUUCAUAGAACUAUUUUUAACAGCGGUGUAUUUAAACAAAGCGCGGGUAACAGUUCCAGUUUUUGAUAUUACCUGAAGUUUAAGUUUUCCAGAACUGGUGAAAAAAAACCCGGAAAGUUCCGUCCAGUAUUACCAACUCCUGUUCAAAAAGCAUAGUUUGCUAUAUAAAGACAAAAUGUGCUUUAGUAGCCGUAGUACACGAGGAAAUACAACACAUAUCAUUACAUCUUGUAUAUCAGUAGAGGGCUUCAGGAUUUUCCAACGGACUUCCUGUGUAUAAGAUGACUCUCGUGCUGUAAAUGACUUGUAACGAAUUACAUUUAUGUAAUAGAUUUAUGCAGUAUUUUUUAACGUAAAACCGGAUAAAAAUUAGAUAGCUUGAUAUUUCACGGCUGCUAAACCCUAGCGCCACCACCAAAAAGUGGUGAUAAGGAAAAGAGCUAUCGGCAUUUCCGUGGUGCAGCUAUCACCAGUUUCAGACUAUAAAUGUUUACAUUCUGUCCUUUAUUUUAAUUGAUGAAAAUUAUUUUAAAAAUCGGAGAAUGUAGUUCCGUGUAAGAACACUUUUACUACAGGAUGACCGUAAAUUCAUUAAAAUAUUAUAAAAAUUGUGGUGUAAAGAGCUUUUCUUUUAAUUCGCGUAAUCGACUUUUUGAUAUCUGUCUGUAUUCUAUUCGAGCUGUAAUUUGAUGCAUAGACACUCUAUCAGAACAUUAUUGCGCAUGCAAUUGGUCUAAAUAUGUACGAUACUUACACAGGCAAACAUUAGCAGUAAUGAAAUCUCCCUUAAAAGAAAUAUUCCAGUAUUUUUUAAAAGUGGUGGCGCUGUCGCAUCAGUGAUGGCGCUAUAACAGCAGUGGUGGCGCUGUGACUAUGGUAUACGUUUCAGUUCAAUUGCUGCUACCAACGUACACAUCUACUUUGUUUAAGAUCUAACCAAAUUGAACAGUUUUAUUUCUCAUAUAACCAAAACAUCUCCAAUCAAUAAAAUAAACCACACACAGAGAAGACAACAGUUCUCGUAGCUAAGCAUUUCCGAAAUAAAAGUGUCUACAACAUAAUAUUCCCUAUGGCCAUUUUCGCCCGAGAAAUGUAUCGUUAUACAUAUCUAAUCAGCUGAACUCCAUCUGCAUUGAAUCUUUCUAUUACAUCUAGAAACAUCAUACCUGUAGCAUCAGCAUUUUCCUGACCGCGAAACUCAAAUUUUACAUUUUCUUUUUCAAAUAUUUCCAGAACAUCUAUUGAUAUAUCUGAAAUUGUUUACUCUUUGUUUAAAAAAAAAGGAAUCAGUCAACUUAUCUGUCUUUACAUGCCCCAAAUUAAUACAAUUAUGUGUCACAUUCUUCCAUUUCGCUAAUAUUUUCAAGUACUUCUCCAAAUUCAUUUUCAUGGUUGGAAUCGUCUCAUUUCUUGAAGUGUUUCUUGAUUUGAAAGUGACUGACAUGUCAAAAGUUUUGUGUUAUUUGACAUGUGAUUUCAGUUUUAUGACCUAUUUUUUUGAUCGGUGAACAAACUAACCCUUAGCCUGCUAAAUUUCUAUAAUGGACUGGUCCAUCAUUCAAUUUGGGCAAUACCAUUUAUUAUUCGAAGGGGUGUUUACUGAAAAUUUACUGACUGAAUAGCGAACAGUGCAGACCAUGAUCAGACUGCACGGAUGUGCAGGCUGAUCUUGGUCUGCACUGGUCGCAAAGGCAGAAUUACUUGUCGCCAGCAGGCAAAGGGUUAAACCCGUUUUGAGUGACUGUAUUUUGGAGGAGUAUUUGUUCUUAUUGUAGAACUUGCCUUCAGUGGGAUGAUUCUGUUCAUUUGAAUUAAUCCCUUCGGAGAAAAAGGCUUGGCAAGAUAUUGUUCUUCUUUUAACUUGUUAUAGAAGAGGUCUACUUUCCCCUUGAGACUUCUCAUUUGCAACGGAUAAACUGUGUCUCAGUGCAUAAUAGUUGAAUAUACAUGUAUAAAAGUUUUACAAUGUGAUCAAAACGUUAAUUGUUCAAUCGUUAUUCACACACACGAUUCUCUUAAUUCUAAAAUAAUUUAAGACUUAUUUGUAGUCAGACCUUCUAACGCUAACCGCCCGUCACAGCGCCACCAUUACUGUAUAGUGCCAUCACCAGUGCGAAAGCGCCACCACUUUCAAAAAUGCUGGUGUAUUUCUUAUCCGGGAGAUUUUAUUUAUACUAAUGCAUGUCUGUGUGAGUAUCAU